AUGAAAUCGAUAAUUCAGCUCUUCGUCGAAUCCUAUGUCCCGAUGCUAACAUACACUCGAAUGGAAGGGUUCAUCGAGGAAGAAGAAAUAAGCGAAGAUCGAGAUCAAUCAACACCGACACCGGGGAAAAGUACACUCCGUGUUUCCGCUGAGAAUCCGAAUAUCGUUGUCACGUCGAUGACGCCACAAGAAAAUGAUAUGUCGAUUGGUACGGUGUUGACGAGUGAUGGAGGCACUUUGUCCACAUUGCUCAAGGAUUUAGAUCCCACCAAAUUUCGGGAAGUGGAUCCGCGUUACCUUGCCCCAGAGAUCCUGAUCGAAGAGAACAUCUUCAGAAGUUUUGAGCCAUUCAAGAUGGCCGACAUGUACUCUUUCGGUUUGGUGAUGUGGGAGAUUCUAAGUCGAACGAAAACCGAGAAUUUUGACGCCUCUCCAUUCGAAGAAUCGAUGCCUUAUUGGGAGCACGUGCCGCGCGAUCCGUCUUUUAUGGAAAUGAAAAAGGUGGUGGUA